GUGGGGUUGCUUGGCUGGUGCUGGUGGUGGUGGUGGUGGGGUCUCGGGCUAAAGCUGACAUACCUCAGGCUUCAGCUCUGAUUGGUCCUCGUUUGGAGAAGCUCAUGGGUUCAUUCCGCUGUUAAGCGCCUCCCCAUUUCUCUAAACUACAUUAUAAUGCAACGAACCUCCCUUUUAACCACAAACCGAAUUUGCUUUCAUUUAGUCUAUAUAUAUUUCUUAAAUAGGUUAAAGUCAUAGAGAUUUUUUUUUUUUUUUUUUUUUUUUUUUGUGGGGAAUAGCACUUUCGCCCUGGAGCGGUGCGCAAUGCUUUCUCAUGCCGACCUCCUGGAUGCUCGCCUCGGUGAGUUAUCAUCACCAAACUCCGGUCUUCAACUCUACUCGAACAUGUUUUCUGUUCAAAUCUCACCACCUCUGGUUGUCUGUGCAGGGAUGAAGGAUGCCGCGGCGGAGCUUCUGGGUCACAGGGAGGCUUUAAAGUGCAGGCUCGGCGGUGGUGGGCCUGACCCAGGACACUCCGGGGAGCUCGGCCCGGGCCCGGAUGGUGUAGAAGGAGCCACUAUGCUCCCCGGUGAUGAUAUCAGCAGCGGUGGUGGAUCCAAUCCGGGGCAGGUUAACAGCAAAGAGCAGGAGAAACAGCAGCAGCAGCAGAACAACAACAACCAGAACCAGUCUGCGGCGCAGCAGUCUCAGAAACAGAAGCGGCACCGGACCCGGUUCACGCCGGCGCAGCUCAACGAGCUGGAGAGGAGCUUCGCCAAAACGCACUACCCGGACAUCUUCAUGCGGGAGGAGCUGGCGCUGAGGAUCGGACUGACGGAGUCCAGAGUGCAGGUUUGGUUCCAGAACCGGCGCGCCAAGUGGAAGAAGCGCAAGAAGACCACCAAUGUCUUCCGCGCUCCGGGGACUCUCCUGCCGACGCACCACGGCCUGCCUCAGUUCCCGUCAGCCGCGGCAGCAGCGGCGGCCAUGGGCGACAGCCUCUGCUCCUUCCACGCCAACGACACCCGCUGGGCCACGGCAGGGAUGCCCGGCGUGUCUCAACUGCAGCUACCGCCGGCUCUGGGCCGCCAGCAGGCCAUGGCGCAAUCCCUGUCUCAGUGUAGCCUCGGCGCGGGGCCGCCGCCCAACUCCAUGGGUCUAUCCAACAUGUCGUCGAACGGCUCCGGGCUCCAGUCACACCUCUACCAGCCCACUUUCCCCGGGAUGGUACCCGCGUCCCUGUCAGGCCCGACCAACGUGACCGGCUCGCCUCAGCUGUGUAGUUCCCCGGACAGUGACGUCUGGAGAGGGACAAGCAUCGCCUCGCUGCGCCGCAAAGCGCUCGAGCACACAGUAUCCAUGAGUUUCACCUAGUGACGAGGAGGCACCGUGAAGCUUUUCUUUCACCCACACCGAGAUAUUCCACAUUUAGUUCUUAUCCAUCCAUCCAAUCAUCCAAACGGCGCACCGGGAAAAAUACAACCAGGAUACUUGUUCAGAUAAAGCGCAGAGCUGUACACCUGGCACGGUUCCCUCCAGAAUCACAAACACGAGGGGAAGCUAUCCAUCAGGCCCGUGGGCCUUUGUCGAGCAUAAGACUGGUUCUGUUUGAAGCUAUAAUUUAUGAUUUCGCAUGUAGCCUAUGAGAACUAUUUAUUUGUCUAUUUAAAUGAACUGAUUCUGUUCUGUAUUUAUUUCCUCGGCACAUGCAGCCCUCUCUUUUACUGUUGCAUUUGCUUGGUGACUGACUUUUUUUUUGUGUGUGGAUACUUUGAAAACACAAAAACAAGAUUCCUUUCCUCUUUUUUUUUCUUCCUCCACCUG